CUCUGCAAUGCAAUCAGUGUGCUCACUUUCUGACCCAGCAGAGAGCUGUCCAAGACAACAACCAGAUGUCGGAGCGCCAGGAAACCGAGAAAGCAAACAGGUGGCCAGAGCGGAGCCUGGUGCAGUGGGGGCUUCCUCAUCCCUCGGGCAGUCCCACGAGACUAGUGGCCACAACUGUCCUGCUCUGCAUGCUAUUGGACCCAGUCAUCCUCCAGACUCUAGGGCACCAGGAUCUUACAACCGUGGAAGGAUUCCCCAGUCUAAACAUGAAGUUUGACUCGAGGAGAAUGGAAUUGAGCUGGGACUGCAAGGAAAACACUACGUACCUCGAGUGCGUGAUGAUCCACAAGGAGAAAGGGCCAAUCGAAAUAAUGCUCAAGGAGAAUGAAUGUCACUGCAAGUUUCCGGAUUAUUCUCUCCAUGAGGGAGUCACGUUCAUGGUUAAAGUAAAUAGCAUCCAAAGACCGAUUCCAGAAACACUGGUCUACACUAAUUCAGGUGGGAAGGGCACAGCUGCCCAAAACUUCUCCUGUUUUAUCUACAAUGCAAACUUCAUGAACUGCACUUGGGCAAAGGGUCAAGCUGCCCCUGAUGACGUGCAAUAUUUUUUGUACAUACGAGACUUGAAAUACAGAAGGGAAAGAGAGUGUCCUCAUUACUUAGAAGACUCAGGAACCCACGUAGGAUGUCACUUGGAAGACCUCUCGGGAUUAGCGUACUACAAUUACUUCCUGGUGAAUGGUACCAGCCAAAGGACAGGAAUCCAGUUCUUUGAUUCGAUUUUGUACUGGAAGAAAAUAGAAAUAUACAGCCCGCCCAACAAUAUCAGCGUGCACUGCAACGUGUCGCACUGUCUGAUCCAGUGGGAAAAGCCUGUGACCCGACACACCCUGUCCAACAGGGAGUUCAAGUACCAGCUGGACAUCCAGAGACUGAAAAAUAAGGAACACAGCGGGAACCAACUGAUUGAGGUGUCUGGUAAUUGGGAAAAUAAAUACAACUUCCCGAGUCCAGAGCCCAGAGCCAAGCAUACUGUGAAAAUACGGACCUCAGACGCGCGGAUCCAGAGGUGGGGUUCCUGGAGCCAGCCUGUGGAGUUUGGCUCCGACGACCCCGAGGCCAGUCUCGUGCACAUCUACAUGCUGGUGGUCCUGGGGACCCUUGUCUCCGCCCUGAUCAUCGGUUGCCUUUUGAAAAGGCCCCCGAGCCACCCCAUCCGACCCCCACACAUCAGCUGCACACUGGACUUCGUCCGAGCUCAGCGGUGUUUACACAGGGCUUGCAUUCAGCCUCACGGCAGCGAGCUUCCUCUUUGUGGAAUGCUUUCCCCUCCAACCCCUCUGCUGGCGGUUCAUUUCCACCCGAUAAGCCUCACCAGGUUCCUCGCAUCUCGGAGGCUUUUCCCACGGAUUCCACAUGUCAAAGACAAAUGGAACGACAACCAUCCGUCUGACCACCAGGUCAUCUGGGAGAAGUUCGCCUCAGACCCGCAAAAAGCUGACAACGAAGAGAUCGUGACCGUGGAAGAAGUCACAGCAGUCACAGCCGCCCCGGCCAGCGUAUGAACACAGAGGCUUCCUCCCCAGAACAUUCUAGAACCUGCGGGGUGGUUGUUCUUUUUUUUUUAAUUGCUUUGAGCAUUUAUUUAUAUAGUGUUCUAUUUUUUUACUUUCGAACAAUGUGAUAUUUUGUAAAGAUACCUGUCGUGGGAGGGAUCGUGGGAUGCCCGUGGAUCCUGACCCCAGGAUGCACCCGCUUCUCGCCGUCUCUGCCACCCCCUCCCCAAAGAACAACGAACCCCUUCCUUACAUUACGGUGGCUCAAGCGGGGCCGAAUGGGGUAUUGUCAUCUUUGUGGACAUUGUUCUGUGCACCCCGUGGGGACCGGGAUGUAGAUGUCUUUGGGGAUAUUAUCCAGACCAUGACACAUGGACCAGAAUGUGGACAACUCCAUCCGCAGGCACCAGCAACGACAGGACGGGAUUUCUCACGGGGAUCCUGAAACCCUCUGUGCACCUUGACCUUCGAGACAAACGACUACAGAAACCCCGCAGGCCACGUGCCCACCCCCAUGACGUUAACCAACGGGGAAGCAUUGAAGGCGGGUCCUCUCGAGCCAGGAAGCAAGCCCCAUGCGGGCAGUGAAGUCGGCCAUGAGGAGCCGCGGGCGCGCGUCCCACCAAGACCUACAGAAAGUCUUGGACACCAGCAACAGCAUGUCCUACAGGAAGCGCAGCGCAUCUAGGCCUCAGAGGGCUGGAUGAGGACACAGGUCCCGGGGAGAAUAAAAUGUAUCUGGAAAUUGAGAUACACAUAGAUACAGACACCCCACCCAUAUGUAGUUAGAGAAAUAGAAAUAGAGGGAGAAAAGAGAGCGGAAAAUAUACAUACACAGAGGGAGACAGAUGUGUACGUAUUUGGAAAAAUAUGUAGGAAAUAUAUGCAAAAAGAUACAUAUGAAGACAAUUUGCAGAGAGAGCUCAGGGAAUUGGCUCAUGAGGUGCUGGGACUGGUCAGCAGGAAGCCUGCAGGGCAGGUGGGCCAGCUGCACACGCAGGUGACAGGUGACAAGGUGACAGUGCACACCUGACCCCAAACUGUUUCUCUGGGAAACCUCCGUUUGCACCUGAGAUCAUCACCUGAUUGGAUGCGACACACGCCCAAUGUGACGUAUCUUUUAACGUUGGCUGCUUGUCGAUUUUUUUUGAAAAAAAAUUUUUUUUUUUUGCUUGUGGGGUUUUUCGUGUGCUACCUAGAAAACACAAUUAGGGGAGUGUUUGAUGGAAUAACAGGGGGGCCUGUCACACGUCCGUGUGGACACACUAGCUGACAAUCAUGGAACCACUUAUAGUGGGAAUGCGUGUUGACCAGCCUUGCCGUGGGUCCCCUGUCCAUGUCCCAGGUGACACCCUGCACCCCUGCACCCACUUGUCCCCUCCCACGGGCUCCUCUGUGCCCAGGUGGGUCCACCUGGUGGGAAGAAUGCCUAGCACGCACCCUACAAUCUUUACUCGGCAAUUUGCUCCCAACAGAGUUCCAGGGAACAAAAUUGUACACUCAGGUCCUGAAGUGAUGCCACAGCUGCUGAUCCCGACUUCAGAGGUGUCGGGGGCUCACAUCAACCGGCUCAGCAGGAGAUGAAAAGUGAAACAAAAUAAAAACAAGCCAAAAAUGCCA